AGAUCGCAGCAAACGAGCUGUAAGUUUCAGCGACCAAGGAAGCAGCAGCGAUUCGGAACUGGUGUUCGAAGCUUCCGUCUUCACCCAAAAAGAAUGUAUGGUCCUUCUCACUCUAUAUACUGGACUGGAAGGUGCUCCCCCCCAAAAUACAGCUGUAAAGACCGUAUGUUCUAUUUGGCGGAAGAGGGUAGGAAAUACUUUCAGCUUUUCGCAACUGUGUUUGGAUAUGUCACAGCGUGCGCAUAUCGUACGUACUUGCCGGCCUCCGUUCCAAAACGUUAUCACGUCAGUGUGGCGGAAGUACGUUCAAAUCCUUCAGUAAUGUCUCAUUGAAAUUUUGGUUUCUUCGGGGCGUCCAUUAAAAUUGGAGUGAUACAGAGGAGAUUACCAUGGCCCCUCCUCAUGAAAACAAACUAGAACUGGUUUCUUACCAGUGCCGUCCGAGGUGCUGGGCGUUCAAUUCUCAAGAAGAGGAGGGGGUUCACCUAACAGCCGUCAUGGAAGAUGGGAAUCCUGACGUACUUACUGGUUAUCACUGUUGGCGACAGAAUGAACGAGGGAGUCGGCGGCACAAGAAAGGCUUCUGAUGCAGAGGAGGAAGCAUUUUGCAAGAAGUUCCGACGGAGUUCGUUUGCCUUCUAAGCAUCAGUCACAGUUUUUGCAGUUGCCAAAACCCCAGUGUAAUCGAUCAACCGAUCUGUGACACACAGCAUUGACUACCGAUAACGAGCAAAGAACGACUACCAACAAUUAUGUGAAACUCUCUCAGGGCUGUUAACGCUGGUCGCCAUGCAACAGGAAGUGCAAUUGACAGGCAUAUUUCAUCAACCAGGGGGUUAUGACUGCUCGUGUAACCGUACGUCUCCAUGCCAAACUAUAUUUAGUUGAUUCCAUUGGUCAAAGUCUUGUUGUCAUUAUAACAGUAGAUUAUCCAGAACAGUCAUUGAAGCAUUGUCACUUUUUGACAAUGCUGUGACAGUCUCAAGAGAUACGGGCUGGCACGUAGAGAAAAUUGCGGUAGUAGGAGGCGGUGAAGGGGAGGACGAGAGCAAGCGAGGGAGAGAAGAAACAUACACAUGAGCAGAGAGAGAGAGAGAGAGAGAGAGAGAGAGAGAGAGAGAGAGAGAGAGAGAGAGAGAGAGAGAGAGAGAGAGAGAGAGAGAGAACUUCAAGCAGGCAGAGACAGACUUAGAGAAAAUAGGGAGAUAGACAGACAGACAACUAAUUUUGCACCCAGACGAACACCUGCCCAAAGACUUCCGACAAUGGCGAGUGAAGUUGUUCAAUAUCACGGUUGAAUAACUUGAAUUCGCCUGGCUCUGUUCGCUCCCUCGGUGGAUCCUGGGUUUCCUGUUCUUGCAUGCGCAAUUCAAUCAUCAUCCUUGGGAUUUGGGUGUCAUUCCUGCUGAUGGCACGUUGCUGUUGCCUUUGGGGUUGCUGUAAAUGGCCAUGGAAAGGAGCACAACCUGCACCAGAACGAUUGCGAAGUGCCCAAGGCGAGGGCGACGAAAGACAAACUUCACCAGAAGCAUGGGGAACAUCUCAACCUCCACCAAGUUCGGAGGGGUUACCGACAUCCGCAGUCUCCGAACUGACUUCUGGGAGUGUCACGACCAACCUUCUGCGGAAAGACGAAGGCCGCUCUCGACCUCCACCAAGUUCAGACGGGUUACACACAACCACACUGUCAGGCUCUGAACUGACGUCUGCGAGCGUCACAACCAACCCUCUUCAGAAAGAGGAAGUCCGAUCUCAACCUCCACCAAGUUCGGACGGUUUACGCACAACCACAGGCACUGAACCGGAGUCUGAGAUUGCCACGACCGACGAUGUGCAGAGCGAAGUCGUCCACCCGCAACCGAGCCCUCCCACUUUCCUGCCUGAGCCUGUCCAGACCGAAAUCGUCCGCACGUUCUCGUUGCUCGAAAUACGAGCUGCAACCAAUGAUUUCAGCCAGGAGUGUCGCUUGGUUGGCAAAGCGGGAGGCUUUGGUGAAGUAUACAGAGUGCACAUGAUGAUUGACGGAAACUCCUGUGAGGUAGCCAUUAAGGUGAUGAAAGGGGAGAUGGAUAACCACAACUAUAACCAAUUCCUUGCCGAGGUGCAAAUGAUGAGUCUGGUGAGGCAUAGAAACCUGAUCAAGCUCAUCGGGUACUGCUUAGAGGGGGCCACAUGUGCUCUUGUGUACCCAUUCAUCGCAGGUGGUAGCCUGUACGAUCGCCUUCAUGGAUGCAACGACUCGGCACCGAAGGUUGGCAGCGGUGAAGCCAGCGCAAAGGGACACCUCAAGGGCAGUUUACCGAAAAUCCAUCAGAAAAAAAGUAGAUUGUCAUCGUCGUCAGCUGAUUCCGCAGCAACUGUACCGGAGCCGUUGACAGUGAUGGAGCGGUUAACGAUUGUAAAACAGGUGUCGACGGGAUUGAGCUAUUUGCACCAUCAGCUGGAUAAGCCGAUUCUGCAUCGGGACAUCAAGAGUCGUAACUUGCUUGUGAAUGGGAAAGGGGAGGAGCUGAGGGCGUACUUGAUCGACUUCGGGUUGGCUAGACCUGUUGUAGAAACAGUGGCUGAUGAUGGAAAAGACAUGGUUGACGAGAAGUUGGCCUUUGGGACUACCAUUCUAACGUUGGCAGUGUGCGGAACACCUGGCUACAUGGCGCCUGAGUAUGCCCAAGGCAUGAAGCUGACAGCAAAGAACGAUGUGUAUGCGUUUGGAAUCGUUCUUCUCGAGCUUGUUACGGGAAGGAAGGCGUUCACAAAAGCACAGGAUGGUCAUAUGAUCACCCUUUCGGCAUGGUCCCAACAGUGGCUAGCCCACAGGAGCUUGGAAUACCGACAGUUUGGCACCAUGGUUGACCCAGUCCUGGUUGCCUCCAAUAUGUCCAAGGCUGAGUGGGACGCGCUUUACAAGCUUGCAUACCUCGCACACAGAUGUGUAAGUUGUAUUCCGCACCACAGACCGUCCAUGGAGGAAAUUGCAGAUGAGGUAAGGACUAUCUGGAGAGACACCCUACAGGCCAUGACCCCGUCCACACAACCAUCUGUUGAUAGUAACUGGAUGUACUAGUACCAGCACUAGUUCAAGAGCAGCAGUGAUUGGUAGGGCCCGUUGUAGGAGGUUAAUUCCUGCACACACAGGUGGGGUGAGUGAGCUUCCAUCCCUCAGUGCACGCUCUUUGGAUGGCGUUCUUGCAUGCACUAAAGGCCACUCACAAAAGGCAUGAAGCAGGUGGCUGCUCUGCGACGGUAACAUAACAGUGGCAAGACUGAAGCCUGUAACAUCAGCAGCUCACCUGCUGCAGCCAUUGUGUCGCACACACUGGACUGUCCCGAUUGUUCUGGACCCCCAAUUUCCCCAGACCCUUGCAUUGCUAAACUUUCUCCAUGAUUUCUUUCAGUCGGUUCCAUUGGUCUUAUUUAACACCCCAUCCAACUCCUCCUAUGGACAAACAUCACUGCUCACUUCCACAAGUCCGAGAAGAUCUGGUCUGGUUUGGAAUGAUCAGAAAGCUAACAAACACUCUGGUCUAUAUGGACAGAAAGGUGCAGCAGAACCAUUGAAGGUCUUUCAACUCCAAGGGAGGUGGUUUGGGCGGAGACAAAGACACCGAUCCAGGUUGAGAUUCUGCGCAAGUGGCAGAAGACAAGACACACCAAUGCGUGACACCAUGACUGAUGACGUGGAACCGCAUCAGAGAAGCAUGGAAAAUUUUCACAAAGGACUGCCAGUGGCUGGUAGGCGCCAAGGUAGCAGACAUAGAGGAUUCCCACAUGCCCAGGCCCUUUCAUUGCUAAACUUUCUCAAUGAUUUCUUUCAGUCGGUUCCACUGUUCUUCCUUAACUGGUUUCCUCGCUAAAUCGUUCUCAAUGCUAAUUAAUGAGCCCCCUCGGGCGCACCGGUAGUAUUGAAUGUCGUCUCAUCUCCUUUCCACGAGCUCGACAAAACACAUUGGAGCAACGACACCCCCUUGCUGGAGUUGGAACAGUGGAUCGCCUUGAACAUGACAUCAAAGGUGCCACGGUAUGAGCGGCGAUAGCUCCUAUGGGUAGAGAAUGGAGAGAUUCCUCCAAUCGGUAGGGAUGUUAUCGAUGGGGUAGAGCUCGGAGAGUGAGCGCAAAAGCAAGCCGAGGGUGGGCCCAGGUGCUCAGCCCUUUCCUACAAAAGGAAGGGCACUGUGCCGAAAGGAAUGGACUGCAAGUUUUUUUUCCCUAUUUAUCUGGUAUUUAGCCCGUACUGUCCUGGUCUUCUCGAGUGAGGCGACAUGUUGGGUGGGGUCUUCAGAAGGGUUCAGCUGGACAACGGAGUGGCUGAGUACUGUGGGUAACUGUCAUUGGUCCAGUAUCCCACCUCUACAACAACCUGGGCUUUUUAUAAAAUAAUGUUAUGACCUAGACCAAUUGCGAAGUACAAAUUCACCAAUCAGCACAAUGUUCACCAACUGCAAAAGGAAAUGAAUGAACUUGAGAGGA